UUUGUUUCCUUCCCCCUUUCCCCCCCUUCCCCUCCCUCCAUCCCCCCUUUCCUCCUCCUCCUCUUUUUUAGAAGCAGCAAUCGGAGAUGGAUGUCUCUCUUUGCCCUACCAAGUGCACUUUCUGGAGGGUAUUUUUGCUCUGGAGCAUUUGGGGAGACUAUCUGCUUUCGGUGCUGGCUUGCCCUGCUAAUUGUCUUUGCAGCAAGACAGACAUCAAUUGCAACAAGCCGGAUGAUGGGAACCUCUUCCCUCUCUUGGAAGGGCAGGAUUCAGGCAGCAGCAAUGGCAACACGAGCAUCAAUAUCACGGACAUCUCAAGGAACAUCACUUCCAUACACAUAGAAAACUGGAAGAACUUGCAGACACUGAACGCCGUUGACAUGGAGCUGUACACAGGACUCCAGAGGCUGACAAUCAGGAACUCAGGACUACGAAACAUCCAGCCACGCGCCUUUGCCAAGAACCCUCACCUGCACCACAUAGACCUCUCCGGGAACCGCCUCACCACUCUGUCAUGGCAACUCUUCCAGACCCUGCGGCUCUCUGAACUGAGACUAGAGAGGAACCUUUUUAACUGCAGCUGUGACAUUCGCUGGAUCCAACUCUGGCAGGAGAAGGGCGAGGCAAACCUGCAGCACCAGGGCCUCUACUGCAUGACCAUGGAUGCAGCCAUCAUCCGUUUGCAGGACAUGAACAUCACCCAGUGUGACCUUCCUGAGAUCAGCGUGAGCCACGUGAACCUGACGGUGCGGGAAGGUGAGAACGCCGUCAUCACCUGUAACGGCUCAGGAUCGCCACUGCCGGACGUCGACUGGACGGUGGCCGAACUCCACUCCAUCAACACCCACCAGACCAACCUCAACUGGACCAAUGUUCAUGCCAUCAAUUUGACCUUGGUGAACGUCACCAGUGAGGACAACGGGUUCCUGCUCACCUGCAUUGCUGAGAACGUGGUGGGGAUGAGCAAUGCCAGUGUGCUGCUCACCGUCUACUAUCCCCCUCGCAUCCUUACUCUGGAGGAGCCGGUGCGACACCUGGACCACUGCAUUGCGUUUGCAGUGCAAGGGAACCCAGUUCCCACCCUUCACUGGCUGCACAACGGCCAGGUGCUCCGGGAGACAGAGAUCAUCCGCGUGGAGUUAUACCAGCAAGGGGAAGUGUCUGAGGGUUGCCUGCUCUUCGACAACCCCACUCACUACAACAAUGGCAACUACACGAUUGUGGCCACCAACCAGCUGGGCUCAGCCAACCAAACUAUCAAAGGACACUUCCUUGAAAAACCCUUUCCAGAGAGUACAGACAACUUUGUCUCAAUCGGGGAUUAUGAAGUGAGUCCCACCCCACCGAUCACUGUGACCCACAAACCAGAAGAGGACACUUUUGGGGUUUCCAUAGCGGUUGGGCUGGCAGCUUUUGCUUGUGUCCUCUUGGUCGUCCUCUUUAUUAUGAUCAACAAGUAUGGCCGGCGGUCCAAGUUUGGGAUGAAAGGUCCCGUGGCAGUGAUCAGCGGAGAGGAGGAUUCAGCCAGUCCUCUCCACCACAUCAACCAUGGCAUCACGACACCCUCAUCCCUGGAUGCUGGCCCGGACACAGUGGUGAUCGGCAUGACCCGCAUUCCCGUCAUCGAGAACCCCCAGUACUUCCGACAAGGUCACAACUGCCACAAGCCAGACACGUAUGUCCAGCAUAUUAAGAGGAGAGACAUCGUUUUGAAGAGGGAGCUGGGAGAAGGUGCCUUUGGGAAGGUGUUCUUGGCCGAGUGUUACAACCUCAGCCCCACCAACGACAAAAUGCUGGUGGCAGUGAAGGCACUGAAAGACCCCACGUUGGCAGCCCGCAAGGAUUUCCAGCGGGAGGCAGAGCUGCUCACCAACCUGCAGCACGAGCACAUCGUCAAGUUCUACGGCGUGUGUGGGGACGGAGACCCUCUCAUCAUGGUCUUUGAGUACAUGAAGCACGGCGACCUGAACAAGUUCCUGAGGGCACAUGGCCCAGACGCUAUGAUCCUCGUGGAUGGGCAGCCUCGACAAGCCAAAGGGGAGCUAGGGCUAUCCCAGAUGCUCCACAUCGCUAGCCAGAUCGCCUCUGGAAUGGUGUACCUUGCCUCCCAGCACUUUGUCCAUAGAGACCUGGCCACCAGGAACUGCUUGGUCGGAGCCAACCUGCUGGUGAAGAUUGGAGACUUUGGGAUGUCAAGAGAUGUCUACAGCACUGAUUACUACAGGGUUGGAGGACACACCAUGCUGCCUAUCCGCUGGAUGCCUCCAGAGAGCAUCAUGUACAGGAAGUUCACAACAGAGAGUGAUGUCUGGAGCUUCGGGGUGAUCCUCUGGGAGAUCUUCACGUAUGGGAAGCAGCCCUGGUUCCAGCUCUCAAACACAGAGGUAAUUGAGUGCAUUACCCAAGGCCGAGUUUUGGAAAGGCCUCGAGUCUGCCCCAAGGAGGUUUACGACAUCAUGUUGGGCUGCUGGCAGAGAGAACCUCAGCAACGGCUCAACAUCAAGGAGAUCUACAAGAUCCUUCAUGCUCUGGGCAAGGCCACACCAAUCUACCUGGACAUCCUUGGCUAGCAGUGGCCACUUGUUGGAAGUCCCUGCUCCUUCCUUCCAUCCUUCCUUCCCUCUCCCCCUCCCAAGUCCUUUGCCCCUCAGCUCCCAAGCAAACAUCUUCAUAUAAACUCAAGUGCCUGCUACACAUACAACACUGAAAAAAAAAACAAAAAAAGCAAAACAAAAAGCAAACCAACAAAAAUCCCAGAGAACAACAACCUGUAAGGCAGUUUGGCUUAUAUAUAUUUAUAGAUAUCUCUCUAUAUAUAACUUCCACACCAAUACAGAAAGAAGCUGCUGUUACAGAAAAUUGUAAGACUAUAAAAAAAAAAAGAAACAAAAAAGGGAGAAAAAGUACUUAAAAAUAUAUAUAUAAUUAAAAAAAAAAAAGACAGAAAGAAAGGAGAAGGUAUCUUUCCCCCGAGCAAUGAAGCAGUGAAUUGUAACCCUGCUGUGAGUACGGUUCGGGCUGCUGGGCAGGGCUCUAGACUGGCUAUGGCAGCAAUGCCAUCCUGGGUAGGAGCCCCAGGAAGAAAACCUUGCCCUGGUUGUAUGAUAUGCACUGAAUGUGUGAAAUCAGUCCUCCCUUUUCGUCCUUGCCUCCCUCCCUCCUUUCCAGCCCACAGGUGAUGGGCGCAAAGCCAGGGCAGUGCCCCUGCGUGAACUCUCUUUUACCAACCCCUUCCAUCCCUUCCUCUCAGGCCCUCCCUGUCCCUCUCUGCCUUCCUGCCUUUUUCCUCCCUCCAACAUUUCAGGACAAUUUUUCUAAUUUGCUGAUUCUUAAAUGUAUAGACUCAAUGCUUUCGAACACACAGUCAAAGGAUUGUGACACCUACGGGUAAAACACACACCGGGAACCAGCUGCCCUCCCGCAGACUGCAAGUUUGCCUGGCCCAGCCCUCCCUCUGCCCCGUGCCAGCUGCUGCCAGUGCUGGGAGAGCAGCGGGACCAAAGCGGCUGCGCACAGGAGUUGGGUGGGGGGUCCUGGAGGCCCAGUCCUGACUCAUCCCCAACCCAUUCCAGUGUGUGAGACAGGAGUGCUGUUUGCCCAGUGCAUCCAGUGCAUCCAGCGCAGGCGAUCACUUUGGGAGGAACAACCUCACUCCUCCCCACCCUUCGUGGUUGCUAGCAACCAUGGAGUUGUUCCCCCUCCCUCAGCUGUCUGCACCAGGGCCAAAAUGGUCCCUGGUGUGAACCUUUAGCGAGCAGAGUUGGAUCCCUGCUCCCCUUUCUAAGGCUACAGGAUGCAGACAGCUGGGAACAUGCCUGCAACCCAGCUGGGCAUGUCUAUAGGGUCAGCAUAUCCCAGCGCUCUUCCUCCCUAUCCUCUUCCCUUCCCUGUUCCUGCCCCAUGCCUCAGUCCAAGCCUCAGGCACAAGCCAGCGGGGGACAGGGAGGGGGACAAGGCUUGUGAGAUGGCUGGGAACCUACCAACACCUGCCUGCAGCUCCCUUGCCAUUCUCCUCACGUCCCCAUCCCCUGAAAGGAUUGAUGCAUCUGCCUUUGAGCUGUUGUGAAAUGCAGAGGCUGAAGAAUAGCUCCACAGGCAGCCCCGGGAGGAGGGGGGAAGGAGGGGAAGGUGCCUUCAGGAGCAGACGGCUCAGCGGAUGGCCACAGUGGCCAGCCUUGCAUCUCAAUGAGGAGAAAGGCCUGACAGGCAGCAACAGGGGGUGGUGGGGACAGCGAGGGAGAAACAGCAGCAUCCUCCCUACUACCCAUCUCCCUGGAGCGGGAAAUGAUCCCGACCUGGGGAAACACUGAGUCAGACAUUGCAUCCUGCCUGCCCAGACUGGGCCGAGAAUAUAAAACCUUUCUGGGUCUUUUUUUCAUGUGGCUAAUGGAGGACAAGGGGGAACCUCAGCUUGGCAGCUGCUCUCAGGAGGCAGGGAGCGGGUGGCACAGACAUUGUCAAGGCAAUUUUGAGAAGGCAAUAACUGCCAGCACAAAAAUAGCCUGCUUGGACGUGGCACUUUCCUGGAAGGAAAUGCAGAUGGGGAAAAGGAGAUGGAGAAGGGACCUUGGCUCCUUCCCCAUGGCCAGAGUAGUAUUCGUGGCCAGGAUGAAAGGGGAGAUAGGUGACUCUGCUUAUGUCUUGCAUUGGAAAAGAAGAUUUUGCAUCCUUUCCUCAUUACCCAUGUUUCCUGGCAGUCUAUAACUCUCACCCAUGGCUCUUGCAUGACCUGACUUAUGGUUUUAGACAGAGGCAGGGGGUAUUGCUACAAGGAGCAUUGUGGUGGCAACAGUGGCCAGGGGUUUAUUCUGUGCUUGUUUAAUGAGCAGUAGAACCCUGGAGUGGGACAUGAUGGGAGGCAGUAACCAUGUGGGAGUAAGGACAUAACCUUCCUCUGCAUAUUAGAGAGAUCUGGCCUAGUGGGACAGACUCGUGCCAGUGGAGGCUGGACAGACUGCCACUAAACAGGCACCAGCUGCUCCACAGCAUGGACACCAGUGAUGGCAUGGUCGUGGACAAGGGUGUGGACCAGCACACGGAGUCUGCACACAGGAACAGCGUACCAAACCAUGCCUCCACAGCAGGAUCUCCCUCCUGUGGGAGAGGACAUCCGGUUUUCCUCACCUGCCUACUUAGGUCCAACUUUGUAAGUGAAAAAGAUUGCUUGAAAAUUUGCCUGCCCUGGCCUGGCUCCCUUUGUGUGCAGGCUGCUUUGGCUAAAAGGAAUUGAUAUUCUGCACAGGGGAAGAACAAGGAAUGGCUGUUAAUUGCCCAGCAUCUCCAAAACAAAACCCUUUCCCGGGGCUGCCUGUCUCUUACUCCAAGUGGCUUCUGGCUCUUGUGGCUCCCAGGCACUGCGUCAGAUUGUGCAAGGCCACAAUUUUAUCCACCCCUCUCUCUCGCUGUCAUGCUCUCAUUUCUUUUUUGGUCAAUGUCACAGGCUUUUACACUAUCAAAUCACCUACAGACACACUGUUCCAGGUGGAUGAGAUUCCCUUGUCACCAUUCUGCAUAGCAGCUACAUCCUCCCUUCCCUCUUUCCUCCUUCCCCUGCUCCCCAGCACCAUCACCUGUCCCUUCACCAUCUCUCUGUACAGUCACAGCGAGGUGAGCUCAGGAGCCGGGCGUGACACCGAGCCUUGGUGCUGCAUGUUUAGGAAUAGCUGGUCUGUGAGGGAAGUUCCUGGGUCCCCAGAAGAUGUGAAGUGUCUCAGAUGUGAAACCUGCCUGCUUCACUGCUAGCCCCACCAUGUGCAGUAACUGCCUUGGAAAAAGGUCCUUUUGUCAAGGUUAAUUGUGAACAAUUACUCAGAAGAGCUGGAUAAGCUGCAGUUCUGCGGUGUGACAUCUGCCCUGUUGCUGCUCUAGGCCCCUUGGCCUGUCAGUGCUGGAUGGAGGUUUGUCAAGGGGAAGGAGGAGAUGGUUUUGUGUUCAAAGACAUGAUGAAAAGUGUUGCAUCCCUUUUUGGCAUGACAGUUUUGGAUGGGAAGAGGGAAAGCAGCUGUGCUGCAUUCCUGAUGGACACUCUGAGACCUCAUUUCCAGAAGUACCUUUCCUGGACCAGAAGUGGAGCUGCCCAUCAGCAUGGGUGAUGCUGAUCUUCUCUGUAGGAAAAUGGGCUCUGGGGUGGCCCCACUGUGUGUGUGAGGGGAGGAAGAAGAGCAGAGUUUGGGGGAAACUCUCACAGAGUACCAACAUCUGAGUGUUUAGAGUCAAAGAGAAAUGAGUUCAUGCUUCGUCUCUAUUUCUAGGAGAGAUACUUCCCAACGCCUUGCCUCUACUAAGAGCAGAGAGCUAUUCCUGCUGCCAGAGAACCUCAACAAGUCUCACGCAGCUCUGGGGCAAGCCAGGCCUAAUUCCCAUCACAUCCAGCAGACAUUCCCACCACCCAACCUCUUCCAUCUGCAGUUUUCUCAAGGGGCUUGUGACAGGGAGCUGGAAGGAACACUAGUCUGAAUACAGCUGAGAAGGGGGCAUGGGGUCUUCCCUGUUCCAGCUGUGCCCUGCUCCCCAAAAAUUAGAAUUGAUUGCACCAACUCAGUCACCCAAGGGUGUCAUUGCAAUGAUGCUUUCUUGGAGGUGAAGGUGCUAUAUUGGUGCAUGGUACGAAUGGAAAUUGUGUACAAGGGCUGCAAACUGUGGGGAGUAAAUGUGGCUCCAGCCCCAGGGCCUCAUCAGUGACCUGUCUUGUCUUCUCCAGCGGUUACUUGUCCUUCCACUCCAGUCUGUCAGGUUGCAAGACAAAAGCUCAAAUGUAGCAAAGGGAAGACAUAAAAUGAUCAGUCAGACUGAAAAUCCAUCCUGUCUCCUGAAAACUUGCCCAUCUGGUCUUUUUAAAUGUUCCUCAAUGCACGUGUUUGGGGGAGAAAAAGUCUGAGCUGCAUCAUUUCAGGCCUGUCCUUGGAUCUGGAGGGUGUUGAAUUGCAGACAGGUGACUCUGGGAACUGUGCUACACAGAAAAAUGUGGAAACUCUGGAAUGUCUUCAGAGAGGCUGCUUGCUUGGGAGACAUCAUUACCUUUGAGCUGUUUGCUUGUCCCCAGGAGUGGGUGGAACAAGGUGAGAAAAUAAGUGGGGAAAUAAAAGAGCCAAGAAAAGGGAAAGGCGGGUUUUAGAAGGCAAGUGAGUAUCUUGGGUUGGGAAAUCGAGACAGAUUUGGGGAGUGUGGUGUAGAAUUUUAAGUAGCACAGUGGGUACAAGCAAAACCAAAUGAAAAUAGCAAUGUGCUGGAGCUCCAGGAAAAGUUAGCUAUAACACUGGACAAAUACUGGUUUAAAAAGGAGGCAGAAACCGAUAAAAUCAAGGGACCAUUUAUGCAGGCGGAAAACCAAAUCACUAGGGUUUUUGCUUUUCUGGUUUUGUUUGUUUGUUUGUUUGUUUUUCCCUCCAAGAAAAUGCAACUAAAAGAAGGUCUGAAAAAUUAUGCUUUUUCAAGGGCACAGACAGAAGUAUAACACUAAAUGAGCUGUUUCCUUUCACGUGAAAGGCUCUUAUUUCCCAGAACUCAAAUGUAUAGGUUUCCUUGAGUUCAGGAUAUGUGUUGAAGAAUGCAGAUGUGGAUCACCACAACCCCCCAAACCCAGAGGUAGCUCUAAACACUUGAUCAGGUGGCAUUCAUGUGCCACUCUGUGUGGAGACAAUAUUGUGUUCAGGAUGUUGUCUUAAGAAGUUUUUUUAAUCUUUAUAAUUUCCUCCCUCCUCAGGAAGUAUCUACAUCUUUUCCUGUUCUGGCCAGGAUUCAGCUGAACUACUAAAGCCAUGGCUCAUACCCAAUGUUUUUUACAGCUCUAGGUGUUCUCUGGUUGUAAGUCAAUGAUGAGGAUAAGCAAGGGGAAUAAAUGAGAUCCUGGCUGUGAUAUCAUGCUGUGAUAGCUCCUCUGACAGCUGGAAAGCUCUGAGCAUCAACAGGGUUGGCUCUUUUGCUAUGGGACUCACAGGCACAGGCAUGUCUUGGCACAUCCCAAAAGGCUUGUUCUCCAUUCACAUGCAGUGGCUUUCUGAUGGAUGUUGAGGUCAUGGAGCCUUGUCACAACACUGCUGUCUCCAAAUGAAUACCAAAAAUAGAAAAAGAGAAAAUUUCCGUCUCAGCACUGCAUUCCAGGAGUGCACAGACUUGCUUAGCUCUAAGGUACCUUCUCCACUUCUGCACCAAUGCGACUCUUGUGUCAGUACCCAUUUUAUAUUUAAGUAGGUGCUAAGUCCUAAAAGUUCUUUUCCCUUUCCCCCUCUCCUUGCAAGCAGGGAUAUUAAGUUUCAAGCCUGAGAAAAUAGGUGUUUUAAAAACAUCUGUUCUGGCUGGCAGUGUCAUAACUGACACAGGCAGAGACGUCAGUCACUGCUCUGAGAGGAAUGCAGGAGCAUUCCAUCUCUCCUGUGCCUCUUAUUCCUUUCCAGUACACCACUGAGCCAUGAAACAGCUCCCUGAGAGAAGUGAUUGGACUCCUAUUGCUUGAAACUUUGAAAAACUGAACUGAGGAAAGAGAUCAGAGACCAAAGAGAAGGAAGGACAAAAUAUUCCAGCUUUCUUCAAGGGUUAAGUGAGCUGGUAGGUUGGUUUCAUCUCAAUGCCUUCAGUUUCUCACAGACCCAAUCUGACAGCUGUUUUCAGACUAAAGGAAUGACCAUGAGUUCCUUCUCCCUUCUGCUAGUCCCACAAUUUUAGCAUCUCUCCAAGGGGAAAGGAGGCACAAAAAAUCUAACCGUCGCUUCCUCACACUGUCAGGAGUCCCCCAUAGGAACUGAUCUGCCACCCAGCACAAGCGACUGAUCCCACAGCUGAAAACUGGAACAGUUGUUCUGAGGAAGAGUUUAACUGCUGAACUACUGGCUGCUUAGGACAAGGUCCCAGCAGGGAAGGACUGAAAUACCUCUAAAGAAAAUCAUAGCUCUGGGAGGUCCAAAUGUCUUGCACGUUUUCUCUCGCUCUCUGCUGGCUUCCAGCUCCUCAGUCUUUGCUGCUUGAUACUCAGAUAGCUGAGUUUCUUCAUUCACUCCCUUUACAGAGCACAGAGAGCUGGUGGAGGUGUUUGAUUUUGAUGUGGUAGGUGAGAUAAGAUUUCUCCCCCCAUGCCCUCUUCUUUUUCUCCCUGCACAGCUCCUGUCCUUGCAGUUCUCAGGACUUGACUAGGAGAGUUUUUAAAUGAAGUGAAAGUCUUAAUGUGAGGUGAAUCCCAAGACCACAAACAGUUUGGACUUCAAACAGUGAGAAAAUUGGCGCCGGAUGAUUCCGCACACAAAGCAGAAAACUUUCAUUUCCUGCAGGCAGGAUGGAAUUGACUGUUAUAUUAAGACUUCAGAAGGAGCACUGCCCCGGAGUAAUUUCACUGCUGUCAGGCAGUGUUGACAUCUAGAUUAACCUCUGUGCAGUGAAUUUUACAGCAAAGCUCAUUGUAAUGCAUGUGGGGUAUCUCCUGUAAAUCCCAGCUGAAGCCCACAGUGUCCCACCCUUCUGCACAGGAGGAAGGGUUGGGGAGCAGCCACUAUCAUUUUUGACCCCAGCAAAGCAUGACUCUAACCUCAUCCAGGCCAGUUCUGCUGAAACUGAUUUUCUACCAUGCUAAAGUGACAGUAGCUCCAGCCUACAUUUUUUUUUUUAAUUCCUCAAAGAGGUUUACAUCACAAGGCUAAAAUUUUUGCUAGUGACAAACAGCUCCCUUCAGGUAUCCAUCCAGCAACACAGUCCUAAUUAAAAGGCACUAGCUAACCGGUGGCAAUUAGCUGCUUGCACUGAUUAACACCAAGACAUAUAAUCCCCACACACAAUGCUCUGAUCAGAUGUGAUCUAGGACUAAAUGGCAGACAAACUCCCAGCUGAUGUGAGAUAGUGGCAUCCAAUCCUAUCCACCAUCCUAUCCUAUCCCACAGGCCACUAUCAACACUGUUUACCAAACCAAAACUUCAUGAAUUAAAGAAGUUCACACAGUUAAUGCAAGUCAGAGGACAUUGCAAAAGAAGUCCCUUUGCACUUGAACUGAAUGCUCCUGUUGACAAGUUGGAAGCAUAGACCAGACCUCAAGUCCUUUUGUCUUUUAUGUAGGAGUAGGGGGAGCAGUGAAAUGUCCCAGGCAGGAGCACAACAGCUUCUUCACAUUUAUGUGAGUAGAGAAGAUCCUCUCUGUGGUUAUUAAGAUGCAUCUCUGAUCUCAGAGAUUUUUCACUUUGUGAAAAAACCACUAGCAUCUAAAACAAAAAAAAAAUUGAAGCAGAAGGGUAGGUUUGUUUCUUUGUGUGUUUUUGUCACACCUUCUUAUUCUCACACUUAUUUUCAUACUGUCAUUGCUCUGCAGGCAUCUGUAGGCGGUUCUAGACAAGAGACAGGCUAUCAGGUAUCGAACAGAUCCACCGCUAACCCUAAGGGCAAAAUCUCAACAGGACUUCUAGAAACCCCUUUCAGAGCCCACCCAUCCUCUCACCCACAGCUUUUCAUGGUAGGCUUUGGACUGCCUAGAGGGGACAUGUCUGUAGUUUCCUUUUGUCUUCAGAAGGAGUUGUGGCAUUUCUGCAAUCUGACCCAACAGGAAGAUUCCUUCAAACUAACAUUUAUUACCCCCAAUCAUAAUACAGCUGAAAAGGCUAUCCAAGGUUAUAGAAAAGGUCAAGCACUUACUUUGGACUGGAAUUUGCUUUGGAAGAAAUUUGAUGGACCAAUUUAACCACCACAGCACAUCAAAACCUGGUGGCUUCAUUUAAAAAGUAAUCAGUAUUGUAUUUCACUUUAGACAUCCGUGCAUUAGUGUUCUGCAAAUAUGAUUUCCUCUUUGUUUGCAUUAUUGAUGCCAUAAAAUGUCAGACACAUUAAAGAAAAAAAAAAAGAGGCCAACCUUUGGGGUUUGGAAUGAUUCUGGCUGAAUUGCAGUUGGGUUACUUUUCUUUUUAUUUCCCAUGAUAGCGAUGCACUGUUACUCAUUCUGCUAUUGCUUUACAAAGAGUUCUCUGUAAGUGUAUUUAUUCAGCCAACCAUAUUUCAGGAAACACAUAACCUUGAUAUUUUUUACUGUGUGUGGCAGUGCUGUGUGUAUGUGUGUUGGGGAGAAGAAGGGAGGUGGAGCUUUUUACAAGAGCCCUCCCAUGUCUGGUAGUGUGUUGGCUUUGUGUAAUGCCGAGUGCCUCCCUCCUGCUCAGGUGACUGGUUUGAUUUAACCUCAAGAACUGACUUUUGUUACCAGAAUUUGAGGUCUUCUGGUUUUGCACUGCCCAGAAUCUGUCAUCUGCUUUCACCAUUCAGCAGCCAUCUGCUAUCCACAGAGGUUCCUAGAUGUCUAUGCCACAGAGAUUACACAGCACUCGAAUCUCAGGCAUGUGAUAGAAGAAUUUUAGCACAUUCUGAUCCUGGACCAACAGCAAGUUUGCUGAUUUAGCUUGGUUCCCACCCAAGGUCUGACUACAGUUCCCAAGACAAAUAAUAUUAGCUGCUCAGUGCUUUUUCUCACAGACCAUUAAGAGCACAGGCCUUGGUGGCUGUACGCUCUCUGCCUCACCUCUCUAUAAUGAAUGCAGAUUCAUUUUUCAAUGUUCCUGUGAGCUUUUUGGGAGAAUAUUCUUCCUCUUAAAAUCUAAAAAAAUUCUCCAGCAUUUUGUCUUCUUGAAAGUGAAAGUGAAAAAAUAAGGUGGAAAUAUCUCCCUGGAUAUAUAUUUCUGGUGGAAUAUUUUCAUCAGUGGUAAAAUUUCUUUUCAGCUUUUCCUUACAGUGACAUCAAGACUUGGGUGCAGAGGAAGGAGAAUAGAGUGGACCAGUCUAAGGAAGGGAUUCAACUAGGACCUAGACUGCAAAUUCAUCUGUUCACAUAGUAGGCCCUUGACAGUUUCAUAGAGAAAGAAAUCCCCAGCUUUUUGUGAGCAGAUUCCUGCCCAGCUGUCCUGUUCCUACUCCAGUUCUGAACAAUGACUUUGAGAUGGCCUUCAGAUCUCUUUAUCUUCACAGAUCCCUCUCAGAACUAUCCAAACAGCCCAAAGAAGUGAUGACAGGGGCUGAAUGGGUGUGUAAUUUGGUGUCUUUCUCUCACUUUUUCACCAGGGGCAAAGAUAGUGAAAGUAACAGAACAGAAAAAUUAUUUUUCCCAACAGGAGAGAUCCAUUUUCUUUUUAAACUCUGAUAUUUAAGAUGCCGUACAGCAGUACCUAUAAAUAUGCCUUGAGUUGUUGAAUGAGCACAAGGAGUGUAUUUGAUUUUGUUUUUAUGUCUAUAAUUUCUCUCACCAAGAAUUCAGCUGUUACUCAGCUCCCAGCAGGUUGUUCUGAUUGCUGGAGAGAUGUUUGGGAUUGAUUCCGGCUGUGACCUGUUCGAGUCCAGCCUCAUUCUUAUGUAGCUAGAUUGAAACAACAGAAAUCAGCAAGAGACUGAAUUGUUCCUGUGUAACUAAACCUUCUUGUGCAACACCAAGCUAAACCUUGAAGACAUUGAACAACCACAACUUUGAGAUCACUAAAGGCUCUAGAUACUGAGAGGCACUGAAGGUCACUACGAUGUUGGGAAUAGAAUGGUAGGAGAGAGAAAGAGAAAUGCUACAAGGAAAAAUCAACAAACAUUACAUCAGAAAAGACAGUGGUUGGUUUAUAAAACAAUAAAAUCCACUGCUGUACAUGAGAAAAGAAUCAGAAUAUUCACCCUGGCAACCAAGAACAUUGGCCAUCAGGACAAGAGCAGCUCUGUAUCCUACAAACUUCCUCUCACUUUUAAUUUCCUUUUUCUCCUUCUGCUAAUACAGAACAAAUCCUGGCUUAUGGCCUUCCUGAAAAGUGAAAUUAAGAGGCAGGCUUGGAGAGGAAGAGAGAGAUCCUGCUGGAUGAUCAACAGCUUUAUAGCCCACCACCUUUCAGUAGCAAGUGC